AUGUAUCCUUGGAACCUUACAAGACACCCCGAGAUUUUUCUCUUGGGACUGUCAGAGGACCCUGAACUGCAGCCCCUCAUCUUUGGGGUGUUCCUGUCCAUGUACCUGAUCACCGUGCUGGGGAACCUGCUCAUCAUCCUGGCCGUCAGCUCAGACCCCCACCUCCACACGCCCAUGUACUUCUUCCUGUCCAACCUGUCCUUUGUGGACAUCUGCUUUGUCUCCACCACCGUCCCCAAGAUGAUGGUGAACAUCCAGACACACAGUAAGGCCAUCAGCUAUGAAGGCUGCCUCACCCAGAUAUACUUUUUCAUCGCCUUUGUCAGCCUGGACGAUUUCAUCCUGACGGUGAUGGCCUAUGACCGCUUUGUGGCCAUCUGCCACCCCCUGCAUUACACGGUCAUCAUGAAUCCCAGGGUCUGUGGACUGUUGGUCCUGGUGUGCUGGGUCUUCUGCCACCUGAAUUCUUUAUUUCAGAGUUUAAUAGUCUUAAGUCUGUCCUUCCCUGUGGACUUGGAAAUACCCCACUUUUGCUGUGAACUCAAGCAGUUGUUGCAGCUGGCCUGUUCGGACACACUCCUGAAUGACCUGGUGAUAUAUAUUUUAGCUUUGCCAUUUGUGGGCGGUCCCGUGGCUGGCAUCAUUUAUUCCUACUCUAAGAUCGUCUCCUCCAUCUGUAGGAUCUCCUCGGCUCAGGGCAAGUUUAAAGCCUUUUCCACCUGCACAUCUCACCUCUCCGUGGACUCCUUGUUUUAUGGCACAGUCAUUGGUGUGUACCUGAGCUCUACUGUGAGUGAGAACACACAGUGUAAAGCAAUCCUCUCGGUGAUGUACACGGUCGUCACCCCCAUGCUGAACCCCUUCAUCUAUAGCCUCAGGAACAAAGACUUAAAGGGGGCUCUGAAAAAAAUCUUUGGAGGGGCCAGUUAUAAACGAAUUUUCUGGAACCAUUGA